AUUUAUUUUUUUAAAAAUCUUACUAGGGUCUCUAUCCUUUUUAUAUUUAAAAAUAAUAAUAAUUUAUAUUUUUAUAUAAAUUAUAGAGAUUUUAAUAAAGUUUUUAUUAAGAAUUAUUAUUCUUUAUUUUUAAUUUCAGAGAUUCUUGUUAAAAUUUCAGGUAAUAAAUACUUUUGA